AUGCUUCUAUGGAAAGAUGAGAUGCGCGACGGAUUGUUCGAGUUUGGAUUGCUCUACGCUCUACUCGUCGGAAACUUUUGCUAUCAAAGCAAUGGUUUUGUCAAGUUUUACGAUGAUCGUUAUUGUCUAUGGAAACUCAUGAAGUUGACACCGAUUGUAGCCUUAGCGCUAUUCACCUACUUUCAUGGAGCCGGACUCAAUGAACGUUCGAGACGUCUUCAUGCACUAGGAAUUGUUUUUGGCGGAAUUGGAGACUGGUUGAUUGGAAAUUCGAAAGAGGGAAUUGUCGUAGGAGCGAUUGCCUUUGGGAUCGGGCAUCUUUUUUACAUGUCACUCUUUGUUCCUGGAUCUUUCAAAAUAGCACCAUCAAUGUUGAUCGGAGCCGCCGUUUGGGGAUUGAUUGCCAAUCAACUGUGCCUCAUGCCCAUGUUUCAAGAGCAUCCAAUUCCCGUUGCCAUCAUGAUUAUCUACUCUCUUCUUCUGACCGCAUGCUUCAUUCUCUCGUAUUCACAGUAUGCCCUUGGAAAUAAUAAACUUCAAGCUGGUCAUGAGGCUUUAUGGUAUCGCUUCAUCGGAUUUGCCCUAUUCUACGCAUCGGACAAUUUGUUAAUCUUUGACCAUGUCGGUUAUCCUGUGCCACUUAGUGAGGUGUUGAUUCUAGGCACGUAUUAUGGCGCGCAAUUCCUCAUCCUAAAGGGACAAAUUGAUUGCGAGGUUGCCGAGCUCUCCGUUGCGAAACCAAGAAAGAAAAUCUCA